AUGAACGGCUCGGCAUCCCCCGCGCCGCAGGUCAAUGGAAACGGAGUCGCGAAUGGCGACGCGAACGGACACGCAGACGGGUUCCUGUCCAAAUUCUCGAGCGGACUCAUCUUGCCUCCGCCAGAGGUCAAAUCCAUAAUCGACCGCACAGCAACAUUCGUCGCCCGCUCCGCCAACCCUCCGCAAUUCGAGGACAAAAUCCGCGAGAACCAGCGUUCGGACCCAAAGUUCUCGUUCCUCAACCCCGCGGACCCUUACCAUGCCUACUACAGACACCGCAUGGAGAAGGUCGCGCGGGGCGAGGUCGACGACGAGCCUGCGGCGCCCAAGGAGGGUGCGGAGGUCGAGCCGGAGAAGCCGGUUGUUGUUGAGGAUAUGGGCGUCGAGCCGCCCGCUGCGGACUUUAUAUUGGAUGUGCAUAAUGUUUCGGCUUUGGAUAUGGAUAUCAUGAAGACCGUGGCACUGUUCACCGCCCAAAGGGGCCGCCCCUUCCUCGCGUCACUAGCCGCCAAAGAAGGCCGCAACCCGACAUUCGAGUUCCUCAAACCCACACACCCCUUAUUCGGCUACUUCAACCAGCUAAUCGAGCAAUUCCAACGCGUCGUCCUCCCUCCCCCCUCUUCUCUUCAAAAGAUCGCCCAACGCGCCCAGCCAAACUCCAAAUGGGCCAUCCUUGACGCCGCGCGGAGUCACGCGACAUGGCAGCGCAAAAAGGCGGAGCGCGAGAAGAAAAGGGAGGAGGACAUGGAGGCGGAGAGGCUGGCGUUUGCCGAGAUUGACUGGCAUGAUUAUGCGAUUGUGCAGACUAUCGAGUUUACGGCUGCGGACGCGAAUGCGGAGUUGCCGUUGCCGAUGAGCGUGCAGGAGGUCGAGAGCAUGACGCAGGCGCAGAAGAGGAUGGCUGCGAUGGUCAUGGAGCAGGCGGGCGAGGACGUCGAGGCGCAUAGGGCCAGCCAGGCCGCGGCUGAGGCGGCGGCGGCGAAUGCCGUGGGGAGUGUGGGUGUUGGGGACGAUGAGGCGGCUAUGGAGGUCAGCGACGACGAGGGUGGCGCCGACGAGAGGGCGCAGCGCGAGGAGCUCGAGCGUCAACGCGAGAUUGAGCGGGCCAAGGCUAUCCAGGCGAGCUCCAUGGCGGGCGCGCCUAUGAAGAUCAGGACGGACUAUGUCCCGAAGGUCGGCCAGAAGAACAAGGUAGCAAUGACGACCUGCACCAUUUGUGGUCAGCAAGUCCCCGUCAACGAGCUCCAAGAACACAUGCGCAUCGAGCUCCUCGACCCCAAAUGGAAAUCGCAGCGCGACGCCCUCGAAGCGCGCAAAGCGCAGGCGUCCGAGCUCCAGCGCGGCGCGAACGUCGUCGAGUCGCUCAACAACCUCGCCCGCACGCGCGUCGACAUAUUCGGCGCCGAGGCGGACGAGGAGCGGCGGAAGCGCGAGGAGGAGGAGGAGAAGGAAAGGCGGAAGGCAAGGGAGAAGAAUGUGUGGGACGGGCAUACGGCGAGCAAGGAGGGCACGCUCAACAAGUACAGCACGAACGUCAAUUUCGACGAGCAGAUUGCUGCCAUUCAUCGCGCGAAGGGGCUUGGGCCGCAAGAGACGAACGCGAUCGGGCCGGGGAUCGGGCCUGCGGCCGUGCCACCGCCUAUGGCUGCUCCGCCGCCCGUCGCGCUGCCGAACAAGCCCGUAGGCGCCAGCACGCACUCUGCGCCCGCGUACGAGGCCGCGACAGUCUCGUCCGGUCCACAGCCCGCGUCGAUGUAUCCGAACGCGCCUCCUCCCGUCAUGCUUCCUCCCCUCCACUACCAGGGCCUCGAAUCGGCCCAACCCUUCGGCUACCAGCCUCCAGUCGGCGUCGCGCCCUCUCCCCGCCCGCCACCAGCGUUCUCGCCACCCGGUACGAACUCGAACUCGACGCCCGUAGGCGCAGGCAUGGUCCGCGGCGCGGACGAGAUGGACCAGGACUCCAUCCCGCCGGCCAAGCGCCAACGCGUCGCCAAGCUCCCGGGCGGGCAGUACUACCCCGAGUCCGACUGGAUCAACCUGCACCCGCACCCCAUAUCCCUGCGCGUGCAGCUCCCGCCCGCCGAGCCGUCGAAGCCGGAGUGGAAGUUCGAGGGGCAGGUCGUGACGAUCCCGGAGAUCCCGGUCGGGUACAUCGUCGGCGCGUUGAGGGACCGGAUUACGCAGGCUGUUGGGUCUGCGCUCGCGCCGGGACGGCUGAGGAUCGCGUAUGGGGGCGUUAUGUUGAGUAAUGGGAAUACGAUUGCGAGUUAUAAUUUGGAGGAUGAGGAUUUGUUGAGCGUUAGUGUGCAGGAGAGUAAGAAGAAGAAGCAUUAG